AGAGACAAGGUUUCACCAUGUUGGCCAGACUGGUCUUGAACUCCUGCCCUUGAGUGAUCCACCCACCUUGGCCUCCCAAAGUGCUGGGAUUACAGGUAUGAGCCACCACGCCUGGCCUGAAGACUGCUUCUUAAGAAGUACAUUUCUAUUUCUAAUUUUAAAAUUUAGCAUUUUCAAGAGUGCAAAGGGGGUAAAAUAGUCCUGCACAUGAGGAAAUAUGAUAUAGGAAAAUAUAGCAAAAGAGGCUUAAGUUAAACAGAGAAAUUGUUUCCCCAAAUUAAAGGACUUAGAAGAGGUAAGCACAUCUAAGAAAAUAAUAAGCCACCUGUUAUCCUGAUUCAGUUGAACCUACCAUUUGUGAGAACAAGAGGGAGCACUGUGUUGAAGUGAAAAAACAAACAGAAUGAACAUUCAUUAUAUCCUCUGAAUAUUGUCAUUAUACGCCGGGACCAGAAGGAAGCGUCUUGAAAACAUGACAGAUUUUUGCCAUUUAGGCUGGGACUUGGAAAGAGAGCACUGAAGUUCUGGUUCCAAGUUGGCCAUGCCAGGUAUUGUUAUGUUGGGCAAAGUACGACACCAGCUUUUAUCCUUGGGUUAUUUUGAGGAUCAAAUGAGACAAAGGUAUGUGGUACUUGGAAAAAGCUUCUUAUCAAGUACUCUAAGAUAUUCAGGGCUACCACUUUAUCGUGUAAUUUUCUUUUUUUAAUAGCAUAAUUGAGUUAUUUGCUGUUUAGCAAAUACUUAGAUUUGGUUUCUGAGGGAAACCUUGUUCAUUUUGCCUAGUGGCAGUAACUUCUUUCAUAACAGCACAUAAAAAACUGGUUGCAAAAUGGAAUAGACUGGCAUGCAGUAUGAAGCUCUGCCGGGCUUCUCGCUUGAUAUUUUGAAAAACAGUUUGAACUGUCAGAACAAACAAAAUUACCAAUGUUUCUUCAUUGUCGAAACUCACAUGCUGAAUUUUUGGACAUAAUGAAAAGAAAUAGAGAUCGCUGUGUAGGGGGAGUGGUGCAUUCAUUUGAUGGUACCAAGGAAGCAGCAGCUGCUUUGAUUGACUUGGAUCUUUAUAUAGGAUUUAAUGGUUGUUCACUGAAAACUGAAGCUAAUUUGGAAGUUUUGAAGUCAAUUCCUAGUGAAAAAUUAAUGAUCGAGACAGAUGCACCUUGGUGUGGAGUCAAAAGUACACAUGCUGGAUCAAAAUAUAUAAAAACUGCAUUUCCUACCAAAAAGAAGUGGGAAAGUGGGCACUGCUUAAAAGAGAGAAAUGAACCCUGCCAUAUAAUUCAAAUAUUGGAGAUAAUGUCAGCAGUGAGAGAUGAGGAUCCACUGGAAUUAGCCAAUACACUAUACAACAAUACUAUUAAAGUAUUUUUUCCUGGAAUAUAAUUGGUAUAUGUCUUCCACUUUCCAUCAUGUAUGUAAAAUUUCAUAGUAAAACUUACUGAUAGUUUCAAUAAAGAAAUUAUCU